CCCCACCCUAAAAUCGUUUCAUUUUUACAGUAUUCGCACGACGCCUAGUAUUUGAUUGCGAGUCUGUCUUCAUCUACGGAACCGAAAACCUAGGGUUCCGUGAAAUCAUCGUGAUUCACGUAGAUCUCUUCAUUGAAUUCACCUGAUUCUUUCUGAAUUUUAAACCCAGGCUUUGUCCGUCACCUACUACUAGGUUCCUGUUUUGGUUUUUUGACAAAGCUUCUGUUCGAUCUUCAAGAUAUGUCUCGGUGCUUUCCUUACCCACCACCGGGGUAUACACUGAGCAGACCCAAAAAUGAGGCCUUGAUCGAAUCGAUUAAGCUCCAAAAGGAAAAGGAGAAAGCCAAGGAACAAAAGAAGGAAAAGAAACGGGAGAAGAGAGAGAAAAGGAAGGAGAGCAAAGAGAGAAGGAAACAGAAUAGAGACAAGACAAAUAAGAAUUUGGAGAAAUCUGACAUUACAAAGGUUUGCUGGGAUGGAAAAGGUAAGGUCCACCAUUACAGUGAAGAAGCUGAAACUGAGCAGUUAGAACGAAGCAGUCUCACGGAGGACCAUGGGCAGCCUAUUAGUUUCCCCGUUCCCAGCUCUUCCUCCGACAGCACAGAGAACACCAACAAGAGAAAGAGGCACUCCUCGGUCUCGCCCAUGGAUGGCAGUCGUAGUCAUGGUAAAGUUAUCUUGAUACGACUGCCCUCAAAGAAGCAAAAUGAGUUUGAUGCUUUAAAGAAAGUUGGCUCAGCGUCUUUGGAGAAAGACCUCUCUGUUCAAAGUAAAGAUGAUGCUGGUCUGAAAGACAGGUCGGAAAACUCUGGCUGUGCGUUCUUCCAGACAGACUUUCCUGCCCAAAGUAAAGAUGAUAUUGGUCGGAGAAACAGGCUGGAAAACACUCACUCCACCAUGAAGGGGACCAGCAACAUCAAGCAAGGUAUCACUCUUCGAACUAAUAGUGAGCAAGUCUGUUCGACUUCUGGGCAGAUUGAGGCUGUUGCUCCCGGCAAAACAGGAAUAAAAUCUGUGAACAAGGCAGUCCUGAAGUCUGUGCAAAAACGGGAAUUGCAGUACAAAAAUCUACUUGAAAAGUGGGUAGCGCCACAGCCUGAGGAUGGGUGUCUUUAUGCAGAUGAUCCAGAUUCAGAUUGGCUCUUCGAUUGCAAGGAUAAAAACAACACACAUGCUAAAAAAAGGCAGAGACGUGGAAGUGAGAGCAUAUCCUGCUCUAGAAGUUCAACUUGGUGGCCUCACACAGAAUACUUGCAUGAAAUUGAUGUAUAUGCAUUGCCGUUUACGGUUCCUUAUUGAGUUGUAUUCAUGUAGCACAGUGAUAUUUCGCUGGUAAACCUAGACGAGUUUUAACCUUGAUUGUAUAUCAAUCAGCAGAUAACAUGUUAGGGUUCGGCUUAUGUGCUGAUCUUUUCCCCAAAGUAAAUAGUGUAUCUUCUUGGUUUGUGUACGAUUUCUGUCACACAAAAUUGUAGUAUAAAGGCUGUAUGACCAUUUCUACUACAUGUGAUUUGAGUUUUGAGUAAUUGAUUUUCGAGAUAGUUCCAUGUU